GAAGGGGGAGGAAUGAGGUUAUUUUACUUUCCUCUUUCAAAACUUCUUUAGCACCCCGUGCCUAGAAUAAUUCUGCUAAAAAACACGAGAUGUGCUGUUUUCCAUCGGCCCCAACUCCGACUUCUGUCGUUAGCUUAUUUUUUUUUAUGCCAAGGAGAACCGAGUGGGUGGUGUGGAGAGAGAGAGAGAGAUGCCCCUUUUCUGGGGAGAAAUAAAACGCUAAUGCAUGGAAUUGGUGCUAGAAAUUACGAACAGAAAACGAUUUGUGGCCGUAAAUGCCCUGACGGAUUGGUCAAGGCUUUGGUGCACCACAAAAUAAGGAGAGGAAAGGCAGCAGCACUUUCAGUUCGUUCAGACGGUCAGUAGCGUGAUCGCAAGGUGAAGUUAAUUACCGUAAUGAAAUGUUUGAUGAAAUUAAGGUGGCUCCGGCAGGAUCUGGCUCUUCCCUAAUGGUUAGCGAGGGCUGCGCUGCGUAUCUUGAAAGGCUGCAGCAGAUGUGGGGUUUGGCUGCGCGAAGCUACUUUGUUCUGGGAGCGAACAGGAGGGGGAAAGGAGUUAAAAGAAGGCAAGGCAGUGGCAGCCUCAGCCAGUCGGUGUCAGAAUCCUAAAGGAUUCCCCCCUCCCGGUGUAAAAUUUGUGGCUGACUUUAAGAAUUGGGUGGAACUUUUAGAUCGUGGUUCGUGUUUUGGUGCUCGUUUUGGUUUGGGAUCUAUUAUAAAGUUAUUAAAGAGAUUGAGCCAGGAGAAGAGCUCUUGGUGUAUUUGAAGGAAGGUGGUGGUUAUUCCCUUGGGAACAUGGCGCCCAGCAUGGAAGAGGAGCACACGUUCCGCUGCGAGGACUGCGACGAGCUGCUGCACUCCAAGCUGGACCUGCGGCGCCACAAGAAGUACUCCUGCAGCGCUGUCAGCUCCCUCUACGAGACCCUCAGCGACGAGAUCAAGCAAGAAGGGCUCGGGGAUGGGCAGGUCUAUGAGUGCAAGGACUGCGAGAGGAUGUUCCCCAACAAAUACAGCCUGGAGCAGCACAUGGUGAUCCACACGGAGGAGAGGGAGUACAAGUGUGACCAGUGUCCCAAGGCUUUCAACUGGAAAUCCAACCUGAUCCGGCACCAAAUGUCUCACGACAGCGGCAAACGGUUUGAAUGUGAAAACUGUGUGAAGGUGUUUACGGACCCCAGCAACCUCCAGCGGCACAUCCGCUCGCAGCACGUGGGUGCGCGGGCACACGCCUGCCCCGACUGCGGCAAGACCUUCGCCACCUCCUCGGGCCUCAAGCAGCACAAGCACAUCCACAGCACUGUCAAACCUUUCAUAUGUGAGGUCUGUCACAAGUCCUACACGCAGUUCUCCAACCUCUGCCGGCACAAGCGGAUGCACGCAGACUGCCGCACGCAGAUCAAGUGCAAGGACUGCGGGCAGAUGUUCAGCACUACCUCCUCCCUCAACAAACACCGACGCUUCUGCGAGGGCAAGAACCAUUACCCCCCGGGGGGCAUCUUUGCCCCCGGCCUCCCCCUCACGCCCACCUCCAUCAUGGACAAAUCCAAGCCCUCUCCCAACCUCAACCACGCCAGCCUGGGAUUUAACGAUUACUUUCCGUCCCGCCCGCACCCCGGGGGGCUCCCCUUCUCGCCUGCCCCCCCAGCGUUUCCCGCCCUCACUCCGGGGUUCCCAGGGAUUUUCCCACCUUCUCUGUAUCCCAGGCCCCCCUUGUUGCCACCCACGCAGCUGCUCAAAAGUCCCCUCAACCACACGCCCGACGCGAAGCUUCCGAGCCCCCUCGGGAACCCUGCGCUCCCUCUGGUCUCCGCAGUGAGCAACAGCAACCAGGCUGCUCCAGGAGAGGAGAAAUGCGAAAGCAGCCUGGAGAACUCCUACCUGGAGAAGCUCAAAGCCAGGAACAGCGACAUGUCCGACGGCAGCGACUUCGAGGACGUCAACACGACCACGGGCACGGAUCUGGACACCACUACCGGCACCGGCUCCGACCUGGACAGCGACGCGGAGAGCGACAGGGACAAAACGAAAGACAAGAGCAAGCAGAGCGAGAGCAAGGCAGACUUUGUCAGCAGCUCCGUGUCUGCCAGCUCCACCAACAGCACCAGCGAGAUCCCCCUCUUCUACUCUCAGCAUUCCUUCUUCCCUCCCCCCGAGGAGCACCUGCUGCCCGCCGCGGGAGCCGCCAGCGACUCCAUCAAAGCCAUCGCCUCCAUCGCCGAGAAGUAUUUCGGGCCUGGCUUUAUGGGGAUGCAGGAGAAAAAGAUGGGCUCGCUCCCAUAUCAUUCCAUGUUCCCCUUCCAGUUCCUGCCCAACUUCCCCCAUUCCCUCUACCCUUUCACGGAGAGGACCCUCAACCACAACUUGCUGGUCAAGGCAGAACCAAAGUCACCCAGGGACCUCCACAAAGUAGGCAGCACCAGCUCGGAGUCGCCCUUCGAUCUCACCACCAAGCCAAAAGAGAUGAAGCCAAUCUUGCCCCCGCCUAAGGUGCUGCCAGCCCCAGCCUCGGGGGAGGAGCAGCCCCUGGAUCUGAGCAUUGGCAACCGCAUCCGAGCCAGCCAGAACGGAGGGAGGGAGCCGCGCAAGAACCACGUUUAUGGGGAGAGGAAGCUAAUGGCAAGUGAAGUCUUACCCAAGAUUUCCCAGUCUCAACUGCCUCAGCAGCCAUCCCUGCAUUAUGCUAAGCCAUCACCCUUUUUCAUGGACCCCAUCUACAGCAGGGUGGAGAAGCGGAAGGUGACAGACCCUGUGGGUGCCCUAAAGGAGAAGUACCUGCGACCCUCCCCGCUGCUUUUUCACCCCCAGAUGUCAGCCAUAGAAACAAUGACGGAGAAACUGGAGAGCUUUGCAGCCAUGAAGGCAGACACUGGCAGCUCCCUGCAGCCCCUUCCACACCACCCCUUCAACUUCCGAUCGCCACCGCCCACGCUCUCCGACCCCAUCCUGCGCAAGGGCAAGGAGCGCUACACCUGCAGGUACUGUGGUAAGAUCUUCCCACGCUCAGCCAACCUGACCAGGCACCUGCGGACACACACUGGAGAGCAGCCCUACAGGUGAUGCUGCCCCCUCCCUGCCCCAUCCCCAUCCCUGCCUUCCUUCAGCACUGCCCGAGCUGCUCUAGGAGGCUGUGCCAGCCUCACCCCCCAGCCCUGCAGCACGCCGUGACUCACAGCUCUGUCUGUUGGAUGUGCCAGCCAAAAGCCCUCAGGCUCGGCGGCUCCCAGGCAGACACUUCGCUUAUGCUGUAGCUGGCACAGGAGGGCUCUGCUUCGCGGGGCUGUUUAGCACUCACCCCAGGCAUUCAUCUCGGGGACAGCUGAAGGUGCUGAAUGCCUCUGAACCUCGGGCUGGUUUGAAGGCCUUGCCAGGGCUUGCUCGAGGGUUUUUUUCUUUCUUAAUGCAUGUCUGAGGUGCCUGCAGUGAGGGAUCAAACGAGAAGAGAAGGGAAGCUCUGUGCUCUGUCUACUUGGAAAGCAGAGCUAAGGAGGGGGGGUCCUGCCUUGAAUCAAGGAGCUGAAGAAGUAGUUCACUCCCUGCUAGGACAGGACCCUGCAUUACUAUUUUCUGCUAAUUGUGGCUGGCUUGAUCUGAGUUUCCUGCUUCAUUCUGCCUGUUGGCUGUACAGAAAGGCCCAUUGCAGGGCUACCCUGCCUGCAGGCACGGAGUGGAGUGGCAACCACCCGUGGCUGGGGUUCCUCUUGGGGUUCCAAAUGGCUCAGAUCUGAGUGAAACACAACAGGCAAUCAGUCUUAGCCUUUUUUCUUGAUGGAUAUCUGAGGUGCCUGGAGUAAGGGAUCAGAGAAGAGAAGAGAAGAGAAGAGAAGAGAAGAGAAGAGAAGAGAAGAGAAGAGAAGAGAAGAGAAGAGAAGAGAAGAGAAGAGAAGAGAAGAGAAGAGAAGAGAAGAGAAGAGAAGAGAAGAGAAGAGAAGAGAAGAGAAGAGAAGAGAAGAGAAGAGAAGAGAAGAGAAGAGAGCAGCUCUGUGCUCUUGUUGACUUGCAAAUCUGAGCUAAGGAGGGCUCCUACCUUAAAUCCUGGAGCUCCAAAGGGCUGAGCAGAAGGAGAAGUUCUCUCCCUGCUAGGGCAGAAGCCUGCAUUACUACCCUGCCUGUAGGCACGGGGUGAAGUUACAGCCACCCAUGCUGGGGUUCCUCUUGGGGUUCCAAGUGGCCCAAAUCUGAGUGAAACACAACAGGCAAUCAGUCUGAGUCUGUGUGUGUCCAGGCAUGUGAGGGGAUAUUUCUCAUGGCAGACCCAGUGGGGAUGAUUUCCCUCCUGGAUUUUUCUCUUUGUUUCUUUGCAGUUUUGGGGGCAAAAAAAACCCUAAAAGCAAAAUCUGCUUUGGUUGGUUUCUUGUCAGAGUAGGUC